ACCUCGUCUCCCAUGCCAUCCCUUCCUGCCCAUCCCUGCCUUCUCCUCCUCCCGGCCAUUCCCGCCUCUCGUCUCCUCCCUCUCAGGGCUCCCCCCUCCUCCUUCCCAAUCUUCACACAACACGCAAGGAAGGAGCUAGCACCGGGACUCCGAGCCGCCCGUCCUCCCCCUGCGCACUAACAGCCGGACACAGCAGUGCUCUCCUCCCCGACACCCAGCAGCUGGAGCCAUGAGCUGGGGCACGGAGCUGUGGGAUCAGUUCGAUAAUUUAGAGAAACACACGCUGUGGGGAUUAGACUUUCUGGACAAGUAUGCAAAAUUUGUCAAAGAAAGAUUAGAAAUCGAGCAGAACUAUGCAAAACAGCUUAGGAAUUUGGUGAAAAAGUUUUGUCCGAAACGUUCUUCGAAAGAGGAAGAGCCCAGAUUUACAUCAUGCAUGGCAUUUUAUAACAUACUGAAUGAGCUGAAUGACUAUGCCGGACAGCGGGAAGUAGUGGCGGAGGAAAUUGGACACAAAGUUUAUGCUGAAAUAAUGAAGUAUUCCUAUGAGCUGAAAGCUGAGCGAAAAUCGCAUCUGCAGGAGGGGCGGAGGGCGCAGCAGUACCUCGAUAUAUGUUUGAAACAAAUGGACAGUAGUAAAAAGAAGUUUGAGCGGGAAUGCAGAGAAUCGGAAAAGGCGCAGCAGACGUACGAGAAACUGGAUAAUGACACCAAUGCCACCAAAUCUGAUGUGGAGAAGGCAAAGCAGCAGCUGAACCUGCGCACGCACAUGGCAGACGAAAGCAAAAACGAAUACGCGGCACAACUACAGAACUACAACGCAGAACAACACAAACAUUUCUACAUCGUUAUCCCCCAGGUUUACAAGCACCUUCAGGAAAUGGAUGAGAAGAGAACUGUAAAGCUGAGCGAGUGUUAUAAAGGUUUUGCUGAUGCAGAGCGAAAAGUUAUCCCAAUUAUCUCAAAAUGCCUAGAAGGAAUGGUGCAGGCAGCCAAGUCUGUGGACGAGCGCAGGGACUCUCAAAUAGUUGUGGAUUGCUUUAAAUCUGGCUUUGAACCCCCUGGAGAUUUCCCUUUUGAAGACUACAGUCAGCACAUUUACCGAACGGUUUCUGAUGGUACAAUAAGUACCACAAAGCCAGAAGUAACAAGAAUCGACCCCAAAAUAACAAUGGGAAAAGCGAAGGGCAAGCUGUGGCUUUUUGGGAAGAAACCCAAGGGCCCGGCUUUAGAAGAUUUUAGUCACCUUCCCCCAGAGCAGAGACGGAAGAAACUGCAGCAAAGAAUUGAUGAACUGAAUCGAGAGCUUCAGAAGGAGAUUGAUCAAAAAGAGGCCCUGAAUAAGAUGAAAGAUGUCUAUGAGAAGAGCCCACAAAUGGGAGACCCCAGCAGCUUGCAACCAAAAAUAGCAGAAACGAUGAGCAACAUUGAGAAGCUUCGGAUGGAAAUACAUAAAAAUGAGGCCUGGCUGUCGGAGGUGGAAGGAAAAGUGGCACAGAGAAGUGAAAGGAGGCACAGCUCAGAAGCUAAUCACCUGGUGGCACAAGGAAGAGAGAGUCCGGAAGGAAGUUACACAGAAGAUGCGAACCAAGAAGGUAGAAUCCAACCUCAGCCCGCCAUUCAUCCAGAAUUUGAUGAUGAGUUUGACGAUGACGACCCCCUCCCAGCCAUUGGGCAUUGUAAAGCGAUCUAUCCUUUUGAUGGUAAUAAUGAAGGCACUCUGGCUAUGAAAGAAGGAGAAGUGAUGUAUAUCAUUGAGGAAGACAAAGGUGACGGCUGGACAAGAGCAAGACGGCAGAACGGAGAGGAAGGCUACGUGCCCACGUCUUACAUAGAGGUUACUCUAGAGAAAAACAGUAAAGGUUCCUGAAGAGGGUGUCUGUGAAUCUGGGCGAGAUGUGGAAGGCGUUUACAUGCAGCUUCUUUUAAGGGGAGGGGAAUUAGGCCGGGGACACAUGUGAGAGCAGCAACAUGCAUGAACGCAUGAUACAUACGUGUUAUUUACUAACUUUUUUUUUUUUUAUGGUGCCAUUUUCGCUUGCAAUGGGAAAUGCACCUCCAUUUUCACAUUACAUCAUUCCAUCCUUAUUUUACAAAUGACAUAAGUGGAAAACAAACUAGUGAAUGUUGUAUCCUGCUGCACCUUGAUGGCUCUCACAGGAACGUCCUCCUCCAUCAUCUGCUGGCCUACCCUCCAAAAGAUGAUGAUCUGUGAUAGUUUGAAUAUUGCACCUUCUUUCCAAACAGCCUUGAAUAAAGACCUGACCCUCCCAAUUUUUUUACCUUGACAAUUCCAUGUUUUUUACAUGACCCUUAGUAAUGACCACCGAGUGGCUUCAUCUUUGGUGCAGCUCUGCAGAUGUUCACUAGAGUGUUUUUUGUUGUCUCCUUACAUCACAUGGAGGCUUGUUGCCUGCAAGUUUUUAUCUUGCUCGUGUCUGCCUGUGCCAUCUACAUUCUCGACCCUAACCCUUUUAGAUUUGCAUGAAACAUGUUUCUCACCUUAACUUCUUUUCAGCCUCCAUUUUCUUCUACAGUCUGUACAGCCUGAUCGCCUUCCUAUCAAAACCACUAUAUAUUUUUUUUCCCCGUUGACUACCGAUCAUUAAAUAUCUUCAAGCCAACGCUCCCAUAUGUUGUUUUUGCUGCUACGACUGUCCAUCCUUUCCAAUAACUUAUUACAUUCCGGUUUGUAUUUUGGACAUCAAUAACCUUGUAUGUAUCUGUAUAAAUUGCACCUGCAUCAUUCCUGAGCAAAAAAGAAAAAAAAAAAAGCUCUGAAAUCUGGUUCAACUUGUGCUCUGUGAUCCAGAAGAUCAUUCUGCACGGGGCACAGAGCAACUGGCCAAAGAUGGAAGAUCUUCAAUGUUCUGUAGACCACCCUGACUACUUCCCAUUCAGACGCUGCCUUAAACUGGAGUGCCUAGGAGGUCGCUGGCAACGUAUUGCUACCAGAUCAAUAUUCCAUACUUAAUAAUUAGCUUGGCUCAAUGAUUUAUAAUCCUGUCCUCAGGGAAUAACCUUUUUAAGAUCAUAUUUUACUCGUUACAUGGACCACGUGGACCAAUUAAUACAUAAACUUUGGUUCAUUGCAGCUCGUUGUAAUGUGCGUGUGGUUUUUGCAACUAGUGGUUUCCGAGGAUAGGGCUUGAGAUGAGCUGUUUCGGCAUCCUCCUUUUUAUUUCUCCUCUUCAGUGUUUGAAGGUGUGACGCGACCCUUCGGGCACUGGAGAUGUGUACUGUGCCACAGCUGCUGACGCAGCCAUUGUAGGUAUUUUUCUGUGGUUAAGUAUUCUGCAUAGAUCAAGCUAGAAUCGCGACCAUGUAACACAAUCAUUGUAUUUUGUUGAUUGUCUUUAGGACUGUAGUGUAUUUGGGGUUAGGCAGUAACCAGUCCAUUUUAUUGCAAUGUUCAAGCUAUUGCCAGGCAAUCUUUUUAUUUUAUGAACAUGAUAAAAAAUGACAGUAAUACUUAAUAAUUCUGUGCACUUUUCUUUUAUAAACAGGUGUAUUGCUGUUUUAUAAUGUACAUAUAGGUGUCUGAGACCACUUUAAUCACUAGUCUCUAUCCAAAUUUGUGAAUUAAUGUGUGUGUAAAGAACACUGCCUGGCUUAAUGUUUUAUUGGAUGUAUUAAACAUAAUGUAUGAAUUUUUUUUUUUUUAUUAUGUAGUUGCCAGCAAAGCGUAUUUUUAGCUUAAAUACUGGCGAUCUGGCGUUUAAAUAAAUUGCUAAAUUACUAUUAAAA